AUGGGAAUGCAGUCCUGCGCUUGCGGUGACCUCGAGCGGCUACCCGAGGAACUACGCGCUAGUCUGGCUCGCUCUGAGAUCGCCACAUCGAGAAUACGUGAGAAGAGCCUCAAAACACAAAUGUCGUGCGCCGCCUACAAUACCACGUACCAGAUGUCCCGGAUGGCUCAGCACUUGGCCACGGCCGUUAAAGAGGGACUCAUGUACACCGAGGACCUGACUGCCGCGUUCCUGGACGAGUACGUUUCUCUGACCGAGUGUCCGCCGGCCGAGCUGCUUCUGCGCUCGGCGGGAGACCAGCGCUUCAGCGACUUCGAGGUACUGCAGUGCAACUACGCCCACUUCCACCUGGGUUCCAAGAAGUGGCCCGCCGUGGGCUUCGGCGACUGGUUGCGAGCCAUGAUCGAGUUCUAG